AGUUAGCAUGUCAAAAGGGGUAAAAUCGGAAAUGUGUCUCCUAUAAAUAUCUCCCCUCUCUUCUUUCUUCUUCGUUGAAACUUCAUUCUCCUCUUCCAAGAGAACAUCUUCUUCGCUGCUAAUCUCCCAAGAGAGUGUUUGAAAAAGAUGGUGAAGAUCUGUUGUAUUGGAGCUGGAUAUGUUGGUGGUCCAACGAUGGCUGUGAUUGCACUCAAAUGCCCACACGUUGAAGUAGCAGUCGUUGACAUCUCUGUUCCACGUAUCAACGCAUGGAACAGUGACCAGCUUCCCAUCUACGAGCCUGGCCUUGAAGACAUCGUCAAGCAAUGCAGAGGCAAGAACCUCUUCUUCAGCACCGACGUUGAGAAGCACGUCAGAGAAGCUGAUAUCGUCUUCGUCUCUGUCAACACACCCACGAAAACCACUGGUCUUGGAGCUGGCAAAGCCGCCGAUCUCACUUACUGGGAGAGUGCUGCUCGUAUGAUUGCUGACGUGUCCGUUUCCGACAAGAUCGUGGUUGAGAAAUCGACUGUGCCCGUGAAAACAGCUGAAGCCAUCGAGAAGAUCUUGAUGCAUAACAGCAAAGGGAUCAAGUUUCAGAUCCUUUCGAAUCCUGAGUUUCUCGCGGAAGGAACUGCGAUCAGUGAUCUUUUCAACCCUGACCGUGUUCUCAUCGGAGGGCGAGAGACACCUGAAGGUUUCAAAGCUGUUCAGACGCUUAAGGAAGUGUAUGCAAACUGGGUUCCUGAGGGCCAGAUCAUCACGACCAAUCUCUGGUCCGCCGAGCUUUCAAAGCUAGCUGCAAACGCUUUCUUGGCUCAGAGGAUUUCAUCAGUCAACGCCAUGUCGGCUCUGUGUGAAUCCACCGGAGCUGAUGUCACUCAAGUGGCCUACGCUGUCGGUACUGAUUCGAGAAUCGGUCCCAAGUUCUUGAACGCUAGUGUUGGAUUCGGAGGCUCUUGUUUCCAGAAGGACAUUCUCAAUCUGGUCUACAUCUGUCAGUGCAACGGACUUCCAGAAGUUGCUGAGUACUGGAAACAAGUGAUCAAGAUCAACGAUUACCAGAAGAACCGAUUCGUGAACAGAAUCGUCUCCUCUAUGUUCAACACAGUCUCCAACAAGAAGGUUGCUAUCCUCGGAUUUGCGUUCAAGAAAGACACGGGUGACACGAGGGAGACACCAGCCAUUGACGUGUGCAAAGGUUUGUUGGGAGACAAAGCGCAGAUCAGCAUCUAUGAUCCUCAAGUCACUGAAGAGCAGAUUCAGAGAGACCUUUCGAUGAAAAAGUUCGACUGGGACCAUCCGCUACACUUGCAGCCGAUGAGCCCGACCACGGUGAAACAAGUGAGUGUGAAAUGGGACGCGUAUGAAGCUACUAAAGACGCGCAUGCGGUUUGCGUUUUGACUGAGUGGGAUGAGUUCAAGUCUUUGGACUACCAGAAGAUCUUUGACAACAUGCAGAAACCAGCUUUUAUCUUCGAUGGAAGAAACGUUCUGAAUGUGGACAAGUUGAGAGAGAUUGGUUUCAUCGUUUACUCCAUUGGUAAGCCACUUGAUGCAUGGGUUAAGGACAUGCCUGCUUUUGUCUGAAUGAGAAGAAGGUAAUAAUAAUGAUAAUAAUUUGGCUGAUUCUUUGUUUCUUACGUUUUUGUUGUUUGUGGUUUUGUUUCGUUUUACAGUUUGUUACUCUUUAAUUGUGUGUUUCAAAUUUUGUCAAAGAGACGACUUUGUACUCGAUAUGGUUGCAUCAUUUUGUUAUUUUGUUAGAAAACAAUAAUGUUUACUUUCUUUAAAAUCCAAAUACAUCUUAUUUUUAAGUCUA